GCCACUUCCCCUCUUCCCUCUCCGACAUCACUUCAAUAUUAUUAUUGUAAACAAAUAAUAUAUAUAUAUAAUAAAAGAAAGAAUGAAGAAGAGGAUUCAUAUACAGUGACAGCCCGGUUGCUUAACUGUCAUUGUAUUUUGCAUUUGGGCUGUGGCAACGGCAGUAGUACCACUGCAAUACCAUUUAUCUUCUUGAAGCUCCCAUUUUGGAGUUGCAAUAGCGAUGGGGCAGGGAGCAGCUGGCCUAGCGUAGGAGUUGCAGCACCCGAUUUUUUUUUGGUACAGCAACGGCCAAGAUGAUGAAUAGGAACCUAAGGGAAUCGCUGGUGAGCGGCGGAGGUCGGACUAGUGUUAAUAAUCAUAACAACGUUUCGGCGGCCUCCCAUCAUCACCGCCGUGGUAGGAGUUUGAACGCUGGAUUAUUCCCCAGGGAUUCGGACGAGAAUUUGGAUCUUUUCUCAAAAAGCCGCCGCAGCCUCUCCGUUGCCUCCUCCGAUGAAUCAUCCGACGUAUCAGUAAAACUGGGAAGAAUAUCAAAUGGAUCAGCGAUAGUAAAGGGUGGAAUCGAUGAUCUACUUUCUUCUACAGAAGGAGGAAAGCAUGACUAUGACUGGCUUCUAACUCCUCCUGGAACUCCAAUUUUUCCUUCAUCCGAGGGAUCAGAAUCUCAGUCAACUUCACUGGCUCAAAGAAGCAAUCCAAAAGUUAGAUCAGUUUCAUCCACCACCAAGGCUUCAAGGCUCUCAGUUUCACAUUCCGAAAGCAAUCAUUCAUCGAGACCCGCUAGAAGCAGUUCAGUAACUCGUCCAUCUCUCUCUUCUUCAUACAAUAACUAUUCCACAAACAGGGGUGGUUCAAUCCUCAACACAAGCUCAGCAUCUGUGUCAUCUUAUACUAGACCAUCCUCUCCUGUUACCCGCUCGUUAUCUACUGCAAGACCUUCAACCCCAUCUGCACGCUCAACAACAUCACGGCCCUCAACUCCUUCGAAAGUUCGUCCAUCUCCCACCAGCUCUUAUGUUGACAGGAGUAGACCCUCACAAAGUUCACGUCCGUCAACUCCCACUUCUAGGCCACAAAUCCCUGCAAACUUGAACUCAACAUCUGUUCGUUCAAAUUCUCGCCCAUCAACUCCCACACGUCGGAAUCCAGCAGCUUCUCUAUCUUCACCAGCUAGCCCUUCACUUUCUACCGGGCGUAUUGUUUCAAAUGGUCGAACUCCAGCUCCAUCCUCUCGACCAGGCUCCCCUGUUCCACGAGUUCGCCCCCCACAGCAGCCAGUUGUACCCCCAGAUUUUCCUCUUGAUACACCACCAAACCUUAGAACAACGUUGCCCGAUAGGCCUAUCUCUGCUGGUAGGUCUAGGCCUGGUGCUUCUGCCGCGAUGAAGGUGAACCUAGAUACUAGUAACUCUAUAAAUAUACCAAGAAGACAUUCGUCACCAAUUGCCCCUAGGGGAGGACUUGCCGAUCCUCCUAGAAGGACUCGCGUCCUUUCCAAUGGACAUUCGUCUGACAUACAUGAGUCACGGAGGAUUUCAAAUGUCUCAGAUUUAGCUAUGCGGAAACAGGUGAAGUCUUCAACAACCACUGCAGAUGGCACAGGAUUUGGAAGAACUAUCUCAAAAAAAUCACUGGAUAUGGCUAUUAGGCACAUGGACAUAAGAAAUGGUUCAGGGAAUCGUUCCCUUUCAGGCACAACUCUUUUCCCCCAGAGUAUCCGAUCUGCACCCGCCAAGACUCGAUCUGUUCGUUCUUUAAGCAAUUCGGACUCUUUCAAUAGCAAUGGAAGUGCCAGUAGCUUGAAGAAUGGUGACUACACUGAGAAUGGAAAUAUCAUUAUGAGAUCUGCAGAGAACGGAAGCGACAACCAUGACGGAAUAUACUCGGCCAAAUUAAGUGAGGUGGAUAUCUAUGAGAGUUCCCGUUAUGAUGCAAUACUCCUAAAGGAGGACUUGAAGAAUAUGAAUUGGUUGCGUAGUAUUGAUGAUAAAUCCGAUCAAGGAUCCAUCUUCGACAAUGGAUUCGAGUCUCUGCCCGAGCCGUUCGGCCUAUUAUAACAUCUAAUAAGUGAGUUUAUUUUUUUUUUCUUAUACAUUUUGUUGCCUUAUUAUUAUUUGGUCACAUUGCAUGAAUGUAAUUCGAGGGCUUUUCCAGCGAAAAUGAGGAAUGAAGAAAGCAGAAUCUUUUUCUGCCGAAAAAAGAGAAUCUGAUCUUUAAUUGGUCUUUGUAUUGUUCAUUCGUUUGCCUGUAAAGAGUGAAAACUGAUUCUUAGCA